ACCAGAUCAUCUGCGCAGUCAUCAAAAGACCCAUACAGGAGAGAAACAGUACAAGUGUGAUGUCUGUAGUAAGGAAUUUUCUCAAUCAUCCAGCCUGAAGACACACAGACGAGUACAUACAGGAGAGAAAUCAUACAAGUGUGAGAUAUGUACUAAGGGGUUUCCCAGACCAGAUCAUCUGCGCAGUCAUCAAAAGACUCAUACAGGAGAGAAACAGUACAAGUGUGAUGUCUGUAGUAAGGAAUUUUCUCAAUCAUCCAGCCUGAAGACACACAGACGAGUACAUACAGGAGAGAAGCCAUACAAGUGUAAUAUCUGUGGUAAGGAAUUUUCUCAAUCAGCUACCCUACAUACACACAGACGAGUACAUACUGGAGAGAAGCCAUACAAGUGUGAUAUCUGUGGUAAGGAAUUCUCUGGAUUAUCUAGCUUACAGACACACAGACAAGUACAUAUUGGAGAGAAGCCAUACAAGUGUGAUAUCUGUGGUAAGGAAUUUUCUCAAUCAUCCAGCCUACAGAAACACAGAGGAGUACAUACAGGAGAGAAGCCAUACAAGUGUGAGAUAUGUACUAAGGGGUUUCAAAGACCAGAUCAUCUGCACAGUCAUCAAAAGACUCAUACAGGAGAGAAACAGUACAAGUGUGAUGUCUGUAGUAAGGAAUUUUCUCACUCAUCCAGCCUGAAGACACACAGACGAGUACAUACAGGAGAGAAGCCAUACCAGUGUGAUAUCUGUAGUAAGGAAUUUUCUGUAUCAUCUGACUUACAGACACACAAACGAGUACAUACAGGAGAGAAGCCAUACAAGUGUGAUAUCU